AUGAGUUGGAUGUUCUCCAUCUGGGUGGCUGGGGCUCUGCUGGCUCUCUGUGGGGGACAAAACAGCAUGCGUGAAGAAGACAGCCUGUCUUCUUUAGGUUACCAUCUAUGCACACAUAAUGAGACAAAGGCUGUGAGUUUCCUGGUGGUGCAGAUGGUUCCUUAUACUGUGACGAAGCCUUGUGGUGGCUGGCUCCUGUGGAUGACAUGUACAGUCACUCUUCACAAGAUGAUGCAUCAGACGGAGUACAAGACAGUGAAGAAGCAGGUGACCAGGUGCUGCGAUGGCUACGUACAAGUUGGCCGUUACUGUGCAUUGUCUGUAAACAGGAGUGGUGAGUUUGCUGCCAAGCCAGGAUCCUGUCCAACUGGAGAUGGAUUGUAUCCCAGAUCUGUGGACUGUGAGCUGGAUAUAGACUGUCCAGGCUGGCAGAAAUGCUGCCAGAGAUCCAGCCACGCGCUCUGCAGCGAUCCUGCAAGCUCUGCAAAUUACUCUGAGAAUGGAGGUAGCCAGUGGAAUGCAACAGUGACAACGAAAACAGAUUAUCAACAACUGAUAUCCAGGGAUCAAGGGCUUCUGAAUCUCACAAGGCUGCUGCAAGCAAUGGUAACUGGAGCUCUGCAGAAUGAGGUUUCCAUCUAUUACCUCAACUCAUGGUCUGUGCAUCCCUACAGAACAGCCACCUCUCUACUCAUCAAGUGCAACUUCACUCUUUCACUGUACAAUGUCACAUCAAAGCUGCAGCUUCUCCUCAAACACAUACCAGAGGUGUCAUCUGUAACAGUGCAAGAUGUGGAUGAGUGUGCACAUCCUGCUCUUGGUCAGUGCUCUCUUCAGGCAGACUGUAACAACACAAUGGGUUCAUAUCAGUGUGUUUGCCAUCCGGGAUAUUUUCAUGUUGAUUCCAGCAACUUUGGGGUCAGUUGUGCAGCAAACAUUGGGGUGUCGAACACAACACAAAUCCCACCGACACACCUUCCACUGAUGAACGCAACCUUCAGCCCAACUUUCGCUGGUAUCUUCACCUCCUCUGAAACCUACACGACUACAGCUCUGAGUAACACAAGUUCUGUCACUUAUAAUUUAUCACAAGCUCUGCUGGGGACGAGUUCUGCACCUCAUACCAGCAUGAGCUCAGCUGCACAGUCACCUCCGCCAACAACAACAUGUCCUCCUCCUGUUAUCAGUAGCUUGUGGUCUGCCAACAUCACUGGGACCUCCAUCUCUGUCUUCUGGUCAAGCCGCUUUCAGACAAACCAGACUUUCACUGUCACUGUGAGCAAGGCAUCAGAGCUCGUCUAUCUUUGGGAAACAAGGCAGACCAUGAUGGAAAUGAAUGGACUGCAGCCUGGGGAGCUCUACAACGUCACUGUCACAGCUUGUACAUGUGGAAGGCAAAAACUCACUCUUCAUAUGCUGGUCAAAACUGAUGCUCAGACUCUUGACGCCACAGCACGACUUACCAACAUCCAGUUCACUACUGAUCUGAUGAAUACGAGCAGCCAGGCCUACAAAAACCUCACUGAGAGCUUGAUAGAGGAGAUCUACCAGUCUCUGUCUCCAGAGAUGAAGAACAUGGUGGAUUCAGGCCAAAUGAGGAUCAAGAUCAAGAGCUUUUCCAGUGGCAGCGUGGUAGCAAACUUCACCAUAAUCGUCAGUCAAAGCCAAGGAAUUAGUAAUGUGUCCACAGCAGUGGUGCAUUCCCUGUUGAACAGCUCCAAAUACACUGUGGAUGAAAACAAUACAAGUGUCAAUGAUAUUAAUGAAUGUAAUUCGGGUGAAAAUGACUGUUCUCAGUGGGCAAGAUGCAUAAACAGCUGGGCCUCCUACACAUGCAUCUGCCUUGAUGGAUAUAUAGACAACAAUCCCCAAAGGCCCGGACGUACCUGCCAAGCAAAUAGAACAUUGGAUAUGAUGCCUUCACCACCAGUGGCAAUAUUUUCUACAGUUAGCACAAUCCCUGUCUCCCAGAUAGUCACUAAUACAUCUAUAGCAACUCUAACUGUGACACGUGAUGUGGUUUCCACACCAGUUUCAACCUUUGCUCUAGCUUCUACCACCCCUACAAGAACAACCACCCCUCCCAUAUCAAUGACCACCAUUUCAACCAUAAGCAUUAGUGCUACAACAACAAACUCCACAGCUCCUGCAGCUACCACUACUUCUCCUACAACCACUACUAUCCCACCAUCUACAGUUACAGCUGCUCAAACAACCUCCACUAACCCAGGAAGUAUUUCUGCCCCAACAAUCACUUCUGCCUCCACAACUGCCACUGCUGCCCCAACAACAACCAUCAGUACCUCUGCAAUUACUACAGUAAGACUGACCACUGCAGGGUUAGCCAUCCCUUCUACUGUUUCAACUAUAACCUCUACAACCACCACCCCAACGUUGGUGGCCCUGAGAUCAGCCACUAAUGCCUCUGUACCACAAGCUCUGUCAGUCCAGUGCAGAGUUGCAGCCAUCACUGUCACUGUUGCCAAAGAUUUUCUUCAGCGCUCCAGCAUCCAGGAGAGUGCUCUGUAUUUGGGCAAGCGGGAAUGUGGAGUCAAUGGAGGCAAUGCCACCCAUGUUCAGCUGACAGUUGCAUGGGAUGAGUGUGACACUAGGCUUGUGCAUAAUGAAACCUGUUAUACAGCAUCUGUAACCCUCUUCAACACCAUGGAUCAGUACACCUCACCAAAUGGUACAGUGGAGGUUCCCAGAAUACUGCUCCAAGUCCCCAUCAUGUGCACAUACAAGAAAAGCAUGUUGAUCUCUGCAGACUUUGGAUCUUUGGGGUAUGACGCUAUCAAAGAUAUCUUUGCAGGCUUGGGAUCCUUCCAGGUGGCAGUACAGCUGAUGAACAGCACAGUGCCUCUCCAUCACAACUACAGCCUGUCCGCCAGCCAGGCGUUGGUGGUGGAAGUCAGCCUGAACAGCACUUCAGAGAAAAUGAAAGUUGUCAUUGAUAAAUGCUGGGUCACUCCCACCCCAAACCCUCUUGACACCUUCAGCUACACCUUCCUGGAGAACAGCUGUUCCCUCAACAAGUACACCAAAGUGCUGAUGAAUGGGAACACCACCACCUCCCGUGUUUCUGUACAAAUAUUCUCCUUGGUUGGCCUGAAUGUGAUCUAUACGCACUGCCAGGUCCAGAUCUGUGUGCAGGUUGGAUCUGAUACCUGUGUGCCUGAUUGUCUACAAAGAACAGCUCGAACUUCGAACACAGUUGGACGUGCUUUUGGCUCCACUGGACCAAUACUGAGAUCAGAUGAAGAGGACUUGAAGGAGAAGUUUGACACUCUUCACAUAGUUGGUCUCUCCUGCCUUGGAGUCGGCCUGUCUCUCUUCUUCAUCUUUGGAUUUGUCUGCAUAUUUUACUACCAAAGAAACCGCGUUGGACACUACAAUUUCAAUGUCAAACCCAAGCAGGAGAACUUCACUUACCUUGUUUUUAAUACUUAGAGGUGGCACAGAAAAAAAAUGCUUGGCUGUUACCACUAGAGGUCACUAUUGCACUAUUUAUAUUUUAGCUCUACAACACUGCACAUCUUUGCACAUGAAACUACUUAUGAUGUACAGAAUUUAUGAAAUUUACCUACCCCCCCUUCUACAUAUACUUAAUUAAUACAAAUUAUAGUAUGGCUACAUAAUUUUUGUUUGAAAUUAACAGUUAUAGAUGAGGAAUAGAGAAUAUGUAGGUAUGAAAGUUUUGGGCUGCAUAUUGUUUUAGCCAAAAUCAAAAAUAAAAUAUAUUCAGAAUACUUAAAAUGCCCAGAAAGAAGAAUAUGUUGUGCAUAACUCUUAUAUAAUGUUUUUGAUCUUAAUUAACUUUUAUGCCUUCUCUAAAUGUAAAUUAUCAUUCUCAUGUGUGAGCUAUAACAUAUUUUAUGCUGGUGUGGUGUAACAAUAAA